AUGGCCAGUAAAAGACCAAAGAGUGCAUUAAGCAGUGCAGACAGUACAAAGAAAAAGAAAGAUCACCCUGCAGAUAUCUUCCCCAUCGUGUUGACAUCGGCCACUCAAGAGCAUUUUGGUUGUCGUGCUGAUGAGGACGUUACGGGGGAGAACCCUUACAAGCUGCUGAGAAAAGAAGACAUCAUGGAGGACAUUAAGAAAAAAGCAGCACUGUCAGAUUUCAGUUCUGUCAAGCAAUUUGUAGAGGACUACCCACAGGAUGAGCUCCUGCUGGUUUUUGACAGAGACUUCACCUGUGGACAGAGUUUUUAUCUGGUGUUGACACUGGACGCCAAGGAAAGAAUCUUAAGUGCCCAAAAGCACAAGGCAUCUGAAACGUCUUCAGUUACUUCAGAAGCACCAGAGUCGAAACACUGGGUGUCACAUGGCAGUGAUGUGGAGAUAGAAAAGGAGUCAGUCAAAGAGUCUCGGGAAAAGGUGAGAUUCAGGUUCUCCAGAGUGCGGAGGGAGUUUGGGAGACCAGUGUGUUUUUCUGAUAGUAAUGCUGCAGAUAAUAAAGAUCGACACAUUAACAUUCCUUCAUAUGAAGACAGCAGAUUCAACAUCAAGAAGAUGCAGAGAGAAUGCAGUUUGCAGGGGGUUCCAAACUUCCAGAGCUCCAGUACACAGACAGAACGGAAGUCUUACAACAACAUGUGCACACAGUAUGAGGCAAGAGAGUUAAACGAUGAAGAAAGAGAAAAGAUUCUUCAAUAUGACAGUCUGAAGAAUUUCUGUAAAUCAGUGACCCCAAGGUUUUUGUACCACCUUCAGCAGAAUGAGAUUAUGGACGUGUUUGUGGAUGACUGGAAGGCUCUGCAGCCUGAAGAUGAUGCUGAUUGGUCUGGGAAGGUUUCUGAAGGCUUAAAGUUGUACUGGACAUUUACAGACCCAAAGUACUCCAAGAACAAGAUAAUCAGCUGCAUUAACUGGCACCCCACCAUCUAUGGUGUGAUUGCUGUAGCUUUGACAGACAAAUCACAUGUAGAGGAUCAUUUAAACGAGUCCAUGUCGCGUGAUGUCGCACCUUUUUUCAUUGUCUUCUACAGUUUCUUGGACCCAUCUAAUUGCCAGUUGCUGCUGAAGGGCCCAGAUGACAUUUUUGCAUUUGAAUUUUGCCCCUCAGAUCCAAAUAUUAUUGUUGGCGGCUGUAAAAAUGGCCAGGUUGUGUUAUGGGACAUUUCAACUCACGUCACACAUUUAGAGGGAACACAGCCCAAGAGUCAAAAGACCACAUCUGUCAACACUGACACAGUUAGCCUCUGUGACGACAGAGAGGACCAAAUCCCUGCUGUGCGUUACUGUGCAGUGUCAGCUUUGGCCAGCAGCCACAAAGCACCGAUCACUGAUGUCCAAUGGAUACCGCACACAUUUGAGGUGACCAGGAUGGGCGUGCCCGUGAAGAAUAUAAAUGACAUAUCCAUUCAAUUUAUCACCUGCUCCUCAGACUGCUCUUUCAUGUUCUGGGACAUCCGACUUCCAGCGGGGUUGGCCACAACCACGAGUAUAAAUCGGGAGCAGAAGCCUGCAGAUUCUUCCUUUGGAGAGCCUGAUACUUUCAAACACCUCAGCCAGACCUGGAAGCCUCUAUUCAGGGUUUCCCUGAGGAAAAUUGACACUCGUGGAGAAUAUAUUCCUUACAAGUUCAGCCUGGACCGGGACACUGGUCAAGACCAGCUACCUAGCAAGGGUUUAGAGGUCACCACAGCCUACAAAAAUCUCAGACUGGUCUCUGCUAAAGAACAGAAAAUGUUGCAAGAUGUUAAUACAAAGCUUUACAUUGGAACAGUGAAUGGAGAGAUCAUUUACACUGAUUGGAAGUUGGAAAAGGACGACAGUGGGCAGCUGCUCAGUCCAAAACCCUUACAGUGCUCUCCCAUCCACCAUUGGCUGGUGAAUUCUGUGCAGCGUUCGCCCUUCUUCAAAGACAUUAUUUUGACUGCGGGAGGCUGGAACUUUGCCAUCUGGAAGGAAGGAGUCAUGAAUGGGCCCAUCAUGCAGUCGAUGAACUCUGAACAGUUGAGCACUGUGGGAUGCUGGUCCCUGUCCCGACCAGCCGUCUUCUUCAUUGGGAAAAAAGACGGCAGUAUUGAGAUGUGGAACCUGCUGGAAAGCAUGAGUGAUCCCUCACAUAUUCAUCCACAUGUCACCAAUGGAACUAUUACCUCCAUCAAACCUUGGGCUGUCUCUGUGAAGCAGCACUUACUGGCUGUGACAGAUGACCUCGGGGUCGUCCGGAUUCUGGAAAUCCCAAGAUCACUGUACAGACCCUUCAAGAAAGAGAAUGUGAAUAUGAGGAAAUACUUUGACCUUAAAGUAGCUAAGCUGAUGGAUUUUCUGAAGAAAAGGAAAGAAUGGGGAGGACAGACAACAGAGUCUAAACAACACCAGAAGGAAAUGAGGGAAAACAAGCAAAGUUCAACAAGGCUAUCAUGUGAUUCUGAAAACAUGCUGGAGUUGGAGUACCAGGAAUACCUGAAGUUGGAGGAGACCAUCCUGAAGAACAUGGGUCUGCUGCAAAUCAACACUGACACAUAAGCUCUAUUAUGUCACACAGACACAAUCGCAAAU